AGGAGCUCCACAGCCGCUGAGAGCCACCUACACGCCUAGAAUGCUACGUCUCAGCCAAUCAAUCGGACCCUAAUCUAGUGUGUCUGACAAAUCGGCAUCGAGUGGGCGCGGUUUAGUGCAUCCAAACUCACGUUGCAGUAAUGUGUCAGACUCGUUAUUGAGGUAUAGCAACAGUGUCCAAAAUUAGGACAAAGAAAACUAAAACAACGCUAGCCAACUUUGAACAACUUUCAAGACGUUUGGUGUCUGGGCCCGAAGAGUAUGAAGAUAUAUUUUGUCUGUAUAUUGUCUUUUUCCUUGAACGGGAAUAAAUCUGGAUGCAAGCCUUUACCCCAUACGAAGUCUGAAGAAGAGGGUGGAUAAAUCUAACGUUUGGUCCGAUAGCCAAGAAGUUUGACAGCUGAUCUGGAAGCAGGACCAAUCCUAUGCUGAACUACCCACCCCGACCUUCAGCAGCAGCACUCAUGGAGCUCCUCUUAGACUGUCAAUAGACAGUGGAGGCAACAGACCACAUCAGCAGAGAGCACCACCCAGCCAGGCAUAAACAGGAGAUGGUUGGAAGGAAGGAUGGCGGUGGAGCCAGAGAUGGUGAAGGUGGCUCGUCCCCAGCAGAUGGGGAGCAGCAAGGAGCAGAGCGAGAGGAGCGCUCCGGCUCCGAGAAAGAAGAAGAGGAGGAGAGAGAGGGCGCGCAGAGGGACGGAGGCCAGAGAGGGGAGGCCGGGGAGACAGCGCCCAGCGACAGAGAGCUGGGGCAGAGCGACUCCUCCGGAGGAGAGCAGGGCCAGGACGACGUGGAGAUGAACCAUGCGAGCCACGACUCCAGCAGCGGGAACGUGAGCAGCGCCAGUGCCGCCGGGGCCAUGCAAGGCAGCAGCUCCAGGAAGAAGGCCGGGAGAGCCGCACACCACCACAGCCACAGCCACAGCCACAGCCACAGCCACAGCCACAGCCACAGCCACAGCCACAGCCCUACCACCGGUUCCAGCAGCUGCUCCAAGUCUGCCACAGGAUCAUCCUCCUGUGAGAGCAGCCAACACAGUGGAAGUGAACCCACUGAGCGCGGCCAUCAUCAUGGACACAAAGAGAUGAGGCAGACGGUGCAAGACUUGAAGAAGAGGCUGCCCUCAGAGAGGAAGAGUCGCAGUAAGCCCAGCACGGUGGAGGCGCUCAACUACGCCCUCAAGUGUGUCAAACAAGUACAAGCUAACAGUGAGUAUUACAAACUUCUGAUGAGCCAUUGUCUGGCGCAGCGCAACAACGCCACCGUGUAUCCACUCGAGGAACUGGAGAGCAUUACCUCAGAGCACGCUCUAAAAAACACGGAUUCGUUCGUGGUGGUAUUCUCCCUGACCACUGGUCGGGUGGUGUACGCCUCAGAGCAGGCGUCCAGCAUCCUCAACUGCAAGCGGCGCUCGCUGGAGUCGGCCAAGUUCGUGGAGCUUCUUUACCACCAGGAUGUCAACGUGUUCUACUCCCACACGGCCCAGCCACACCUGCCACCCUGGAACAUGGGCUCAGACAGCAAUGCAGUUUUGGUUGAAUGUGCCCAAGUGAAGUCCUUCUUCUGCAGAAUAAGAGGAGGUAAAGAUCAGGAUGGUGAAAUGCGCUACAACCCAUUCCGCAUCACUCCAUACCUGUUGAAGGUACAGGCCAUGACAGAAACAGUGCAGCAGCCCUGUUGCCUAGCGCUAGCUGAACGCAUCAUCUCGGGAUACGAGGCUCCUCGAAUCCCCGUGGACAAGCGGAUCUUUACCACUACACAUUCCCCGGGCUGCGUCUUCUUGGAGGUGGAUGACCGUGCUGUGCCUUUGCUCGGAUACCUCCCUCAGGACCUAAUUGGCACCUCGUUGUUAACCUGUCUCCACCCUGAAGAUCACGCACUAAUGCCAGCCAUGCACCGCAAGAUUUUGAAGAAUGCGGGCCAGCCCCCCUUUGAGCACUCCCCUAUCCGCUUUCGCUGUCAGAACGGUGACUAUGUGACGCUGGACACCAGCUGGUCCAGCUUUGUUAAUCCCUGGAACCGCAAGGUGGCUUUCAUCAUCGGGAGGCAUAAAGUGCGCACUGGUCCGCUGAAUGAGGACGUGUUUGCUCCGCGCAGCAAGUCAGAAAUGCCAGUUAUCUAUGAGGACAUCAAAGAGCUGCACUCAACCAUAUACAAGCUGUUCCUACAGCCUGUUCACAACAACGGUUCCAGCGGUUACGGCAGUCUGGGCAGCAAUGGCUCCCAUGAGCACUACAUCAGCGUGGCGUCGUCCAGCGACAGCAACGGCAACCUAUGGGAGGACUCCCACCGCGAGCCGGUGACGCUACGGCAUAUCUGUGCGGAUGUAAAUAAGAUGAAGAACUGGGGCCAGCAGGCUUACCUGGACUCCCGCAGUAAACUGACGCUAUUGGGGAAAACGGCCACCGAACCAAGACGGCCCCCCAAUCACGCUGCCCAGAGCACAGGGGUGAGAGGUCAUGAGGAGCAGUCGCUGGAGGAAUCCAGGAAGGAGCCACACAUUCCGUCCUACCAGCAGAUCAACUGUGUGGACAGCAUCAUUAGGUACUUGGACGGCUGUACAACGCCGGGACUUAAAAGGAAGUCUAUUGCAACCUCCUCCUCCUCCUCCUCCUCCUCCUCCUCCUCCUCAUCUGAAGAAGACAAGGCUGUCACCGCUCCAUCAGAGGACGUGACCAAUCCCAAUGCAGGGACCCUCGACAGCCAGAUAUCGGCAGGCUCGGCGGUGACAGUGGCCCACACCACCGCGGCGGUGGUUGGAGCACCGCUGACGGACAUGGACCUCUCCACCAAGGCCAUGAGCGUGGUGUCCAUCACCAGUCAGUGCAGCUACAGCAGCACCAUCGUGCACGUGCCCCAGCCUGAGUCAGAGGUCACAGCCUUGGAGGACGCCCCGAUGGGCAGCGAACCCACGGACCAGACCCCAACCCUGGCGUGUCCCGCCCCUAGCUCGGCGGCGGAGGAGGAGGAGGAGUUCCGCAUGGUGGGCCUGACCAAGGAGGUGCUGUCGGCGCACACGCAGAAGGAAGAGCAGGAGUAUGUCGACCGCCUCCGCCACCGCAUCCAGCAGAGCCCCUACAGCUCCUACCUGCAGCAGGACACCGGCAGUCUGGCCCCCUCACAGCACGGAGGGGAUAACGUCAGGAAACCACGUAGCGCGCGCGGCUUGAAGGCCAAGUCGGGCAAGCCCAAACACAAGCGUCCCAAACCUCAGGAGUCGUCGGACAGCUACGGCUCCAUGCCCGGCACCACUCGGCAGGCGCGGCGCCCCCCCCUGAACCCCCUGAAUCCCCCGCACUCCUCCUGGCCCUCCUCCGAGUCCUCCCAGCCGCAGCCGUCCAUCGCGGGCUACCCGCUGCCCCCGCUGGUGAUGCCCAUCCAGCCCCCGGGCCCUUACUUCCCCAUGGCGGACCAGAUGGGGCCCAAGCCAGGCGGAGUGGCAGGCGGGGUGCCCAUGAUGCUGCAGCCUGACCAGGCCUUCCAGCAAAUGCAGCAGGCACAGGGCCUCAACCCGUACAUGGCGCCCGUCAUGGCCGUCAUCCUACCCAACCUCCCCACCUACCCACCCAGCUACCCCAUGUUCCAGCAGUCUCAGCCCAUGCUGCCCUUCAACAUGGCCGCCUACGCCCCGGCAGCUGUCAUGCCCUUCCCUCCGUCCAGCUUGGCCCAGCAGCAGCAACUGGGCGCUGCCACCGGCAUGCCUCCUGUCGGCAUGACCCCCAUCGGCAUGCCCCUCGCCGGGAUGAUACCCACCGGCAUGCACCUUGCUGGGAUGACCCCCACUGGCAUCCCCCUCGCCGGAAUGACCCCCACCAGCAUGCACCUCGCUGGGAUGACCCCCUCGCCACAGCCCUGGCUGGGCGAGGAGGACCUGGACGAGGUAGAGCCGCCCGCCCUCUUCUCCAGCUCGCGCUCCAGCUCGCCGCUGCAGCUCAACCUGCUGCAGGAGGAGCUGCCCAAGCCGACCGAGCCCCAGAACAGCACGGGCCUCCCGGAGAGCCUCCACGAGCAGCACACUAAAGGGGAGGAUGCCCCCAGUGACUUGGUGAACCAAGACGCCCUGUCCACCUCCAGUGAGUUGCUGGACCUGCUGAUGCACGAGGACGCUCGCUCGGGGACCGGGUCCAACGUGUCGGGCAGCGUCUCUCUGGGCUCUGGGUCGGGCUCCGGCUCCCAUGGAACCUCCACCAGCCACACAGGCAGCAGCAACAGCAGCAAGUACUUUGCCAGCAACGACUCGUCGGACAGGUCGCGUAAGGCCCGCAAGAGCCUGGAGGCCCAGGAGCGCGGCGCCCCCUUCGAGCGCGGCGUGGAGGACUCGUUGUGGAGCAUGAUCAAGCACACCUCUGAGCCCGUCAUGAUGACGUACCAGAUCCGCUCAAGGGACCAGGCACAGGUGCUGAAGGAGGACCAGGACAAACUGCUGCUGCUGCAGCCACUGCAGCCCUGGUUCACACAGGAGCAGCGCCAGGAACUAGCCGAGGUGCACCCCUGGAUCCAGCAGCGUGGCAUUCCACAGGAGAUCGACACACAGGGCUGUGUGACCUGCGGCGCCAUGGAGGCAGGACCUGGCUCUCCGCAGACUCCCCGCCCGCCCACCCCAGACAGCUCCAUGCCCCAGCAGGACCCCCCACAGGAGCCCAACUCUGCCCCCAACACCUGAGAGCCCCCUCUACCUACCCCAACAAACACCAAACGCCACAUAAACGCUCUUGACCCCACCACACCCCGACCACACCCCAAAGUCAAUCAGGCAGGAGUCUAGAAAAUGGGGAAAGAGACGGCCGGACAUUUGUUGCCGCCACUUUCACCACACCGGAUGCACCAGGGGAGCAGUCCACCUCCACACACACCCACCCUGGCCCAGGACAGGUCUGGACGCCAGGGGCAGCGCAACUCAGCAGGCCGGUCCCUAACUGCAUCUCCAAAGAGCCGCCAAGACGAAAGCAUAGAACAUGUGGAACCAAAUGUGUUCUACUACAUUUCUGCCCCAACUCCAAUCUGCUACUUGUAUUACACAGGCCUACUAUGCUAUGGGUCAAGAAUAUAUAUAUAUAUACAUAUUUGUAUUUGUAUGCCUGUAUUUUAUUUUUGUAGGUUGUUAAACUUUCCGAUGUUUUACUCUUGACCUCAGUAGCCCA